AUGAGCAGCUUCAAUCUAACCCAUAUCAGGGCAAAACUCGCGGACGACCCCCAGAUCCAACAUGCAUCCCUGCAUAAUCCUCUCCCUCUGCAAUUGCAUACCUACAUUUGGCCUUUUCUGAUCAUUUGGCCCGCUUUCUUUGCCUUCUAUCUCUCUGAAGAGCGCUAUGAUACCUAUAUCCAAGGCCAGGAGUGGACCUUCGUUUUUGCGGGGUCCAUUAUCACGGCCCAGUCACUCCUGUGGCUGAUGACCAAGUGGAACAUUAACAUCAACACCCUGUUCACUAGCACUAGUGCCCGAUCCAUCGAUACUGCUCGCCUGAUUAAAGUGAUCCCAAUCACCAAUGCCGGCUCUGCGGAGAUCUGUACCCUACUUCACGAUAAUUCCGGUGGCAAGAAGACCCUCUCGUUCCUGUUUCAGAAGCGUCGUUUUCUCUACUACCCUGAGCGUCAAACCUUUGCGCCUCUUGACUACGUCCUCGAUGCAGAGCCCAAGCCUGCUCUCAAGUACUUCCAGCUAAGCAAGGGUCUGACCACCAAGGAGGAGAUUGAGAGCAUUCAGCACCACUAUGGCGACAACACCUUCGAUAUUCCUGUUCCCACAUUUGUGGAGCUUUUCCAGGAACAUGCAGUUGCGCCGUUCUUCGUCUUCCAAAUUUUCUGUGUCGGCUUGUGGAUGCUGGAUGAAUACUGGUACUACUCUCUGUUCACUCUCUUUAUGCUUGUCAUGUUUGAGAGCACCGUUGUGUGGCAGCGACAGAGAACUCUCUCUGAGUUCCGUGGAAUGAACAUCAAACCGUACGAUGUCUGGGUUUAUCGCGAGAACAAAUGGCUGGAGAUUACUAGCGACAAGCUUCUUCCCGGUGACUUGAUGUCAGUUAACCGCACCAAGGAGGAUGGCGGCGUUGCCUGUGAUAUUCUCCUUAUCGAGGGCAGUGUCAUUGUCAACGAGGCCAUGCUCUCUGGUGAGAGUACCCCAUUGCUCAAGGAUUCCGUUCAGCUGCGCCCUAGUGAUGACUCGAUUGAGCCUGAGGGCCUGGAUAAGAACUCGUUCGUGCAUGGUGGAACCAAGGUUCUCCAGGUCACUCACCCUAAUGUCCCCGGCGAGGAGGUUUACAAAAACUUGGCCUCUGGUAUUACAGCCCCUCCUGACAAUGGCGCCCUCGGUGUUGUCGUCAAGACCGGUUUUGAGACCAGCCAAGGUAGCCUUGUCCGUACCAUGAUUUACUCCACCGAACGUGUCUCUGCCAACAAUGUCGAGGCUCUGCUUUUCAUCCUUUUCCUUCUGAUUUUCGCCAUUGCUGCCUCUUGGUACGUUUGGCAGGAGGGUGUGUCAAAGGACCGCAAGCGAUCCAAGCUGCUCCUGGACUUCAACACUAGUCUGGCUGCGUUGAGCAAGUUUGCCAUCUUUUGCACUGAGCCUUUCCGUAUUCCCUUUGCCGGCCGUGUUGAUAUCGCUUGUUUCGACAAGACUGGUACUCUGACUGGUGAGGACCUGGUUGUCGAUGGUAUUGCUGGGCUCACAUUGGGCCAGCCUGGUGCUAAGGUCGAAGCUGACGGCGCUCAUGCCGAACUCGCUAAGGUCGAGGCUGUUGGAGCCGAGACUACCCUGGUUCUCGCUAGCGCUCAUGCCCUGGUCAAACUAGACGAGGGCGACGUUGUUGGUGACCCCAUGGAAAAGGCUACUCUCCAAUGGCUUGGCUGGGGACUUGGCAAGAACGAUACUCUCAUGUGCAAGAGUAUCCCACCAAAGGUUUCUUCUCGCCCUGUCGAGUCUGUUCAAAUCAAGAGACGUUUCCAAUUCUCGUCUGCCCUGAAGCGCCAGAGUACCAUUGCCACCAUUACUACCAAUGAUCCAAAGACCUCUAAGAAGACCAAGGCUACCUUUGUUGGUGUCAAGGGUGCUCCCGAAACCAUUGGCACUAUGCUGGUCAACACUCCUUCCAACUACGAAGAGACUUACAAGCACUUCACUCGUAAUGGUGCUCGUGUGCUUGCUCUUGCUUACAAGUAUCUGUCGUCUGAAGCGGAACUUUCUCAGAGCCGCGUUAACAACUAUGUCCGCGAGGAAGUUGAAUCUGAAUUGAUCUUUGCCGGUUUCCUUGUUCUCCAGUGCCCUCUGAAGGAUGACGCUAUCAAGUCCGUCCGCAUGCUGAACGAAAGCAGUCACCGUGUUGUCAUGAUUACUGGUGACAACCCACUUACCGCCGUUCACGUCGCGCGCAAGGUCGAGAUUGUUGAUCGCGAGGUUUACAUUCUUGAUGCCCCUGAACAUGAUAACUCUGGAACCAAAGUUGUUUGGCGAACCAUUGACGACAAGCUGAACACUGAGGUUGACCCGACUAAGCCCCUGGACCCGGAUAUUCUUCAGACCAAGGAUAUCUGUAUCACCGGUUACGCCUUGGCGAAGUUCAAGGACCAGAAGGCCCUCCCCGAUCUUCUGCGCCACACCUGGGUCUAUGCUCGUGUGUCCCCCAAGCAGAAGGAGGACAUUCUGCUCGGUAUGAAGGAUGCUGGUUACACCACCCUGAUGUGUGGUGACGGUACAAACGACGUCGGUGCUUUGAAGCAAGCUCAUGUUGGUGUUGCUCUUCUGAACGGCUCGCAAGAGGACUUGACCAAGAUUGCCGACCACUACCGCACCACUAAGAUGAAGGAGCUCUACGAGAAGCAGGUUGGCAUGAUGCAACGCUUCAACCAGCCUCCUCCCCCUAAAGCCAUGGAACGCGAGGCCACCAAGAAGGGCGCUGCUGCUCCUGCCCAGCAAAUCCCUACUAUCACUUCUCCCGGUGCUCAAGUUCUCCAGCAGAGCCAGACUCCUCAGCAACAACGCCAGAGCCAAUCUCAAGCUGCCGCGGCUGUGAACCCCCCCACCAUCAAGCUUGGCGAUGCUUCCUGCGCUGCGCCGUUCACCAGUAAGCUGGCCAACGUGAUUGCGAUCCCGAACAUUAUUCGUCAGGGUCGUUGCACUUUGGUUGCCACCAUUCAAAUGUACAAGAUUCUUGCUUUGAACUGUUUGAUUAGUGCCUACAGUCUGAGUGUCAUUUACCUGGAGGGCAUCAAGUUCGGCGACGGUCAGGUCACCAUCAGCGGUAUGCUGAUGAGUGUCUGCUUCCUGUCAAUCUCCCGAGCCAAGUCUGUCGAGGGAUUGUCCAAGGAGCGCCCCCAGCCGAAUAUCUUUAACCCGUAUAUCAUUGGAUCCGUUCUUGGUCAAUUUGCUAUCCACAUUGUCACCUUGAUCUACCUUUCUAACUAUGUCUAUAAGAUUGAGCCGAGAGGUACCGAUAUCGAUCUCGAGGGCGAGUUCGAGCCUUCUCUUUUGAACAGCGCGAUCUAUCUGCUUCAGUUGAUCCAGCAAAUCUCCACUUUCUCCAUCAACUACCAAGGUCGUCCCUUCCGCGAGUCUAUCCGCGAGAACAAGGCCAUGUACUGGGGUCUCGUCGCAGCCUCGGGUGUCGCUUUCUCUUGUGCUACAGAGUUCGUUCCUGAGAUCAACGAGAAGCUACGCCUGGUUCCCUUCAGCAACGAGUUCAAGAUCACCUUGACUGUGCUCAUGGUCUUCGACUAUGCUGGCUGCUGGGUGAUUGAGAAUGUGCUCAAGCACUUGUUCAGUGACUUCCGUCCUAAGGACAUUGCUGUUCGCCGCCCCGAUCAAUUGAAGCGGGAGAUCGAGCGCAAGGCACAGGAGGAGGCUGAGGCUCAAACUCAGAAAGAGCAGCAGAGAAAGGUUUAA